AUGCCUUCGGAACAAGGUCACAGACUCUAUGUCAAGGGUCGCCACGUGAGCUACCAGCGCUCCAAGCGUACCGUCAACCCCAACACCAGUCUGAUCAAGAUCGACGGUGUUGAGAGCACUGAGGCCGCAAACUUCUACCUGGGCAAGAAGGUUGCUUUCGUCUACCGGGCCAAGCGUGAGGUCCGGGGCUCCAACAUCCGGGUCAUCUGGGGCAAGGUUACCCGUCCCCACGGUAACUCCGGUGUUGUCCGUGCUCAGUUCCGCCACAACCUCCCCCCCAAGACCUUCGGUGCUACCGUCCGUGUUAUGCUGUACCCCUCCAACAUCUAA